AAAGAGUUGUAGGUCAGUUUUAGACAAUAAUAGUUCGAUAUACUUCUACGACACUGAGUGAUGGACUUAUAUAUGCGUUUCUGUCUGGUGAAACAUGCGCAUUCGCUACAGUAAGGUAUGAGGUCAUUACUGUUAGUAGGUUUCCUUUUAUAAUUCGUCUUAAAAGCUAAAUUAAGUCGAACAAAUUCGAAGCCUGACACAACUCUUCAGUGGUGUUACCUGGUAGCCUACAGUCAGCUGCUUCUGUCUGAAUACGCCGUUUCAUCGCAUUGAUGGAAUCCUAAUCGAUUGUCCACAAUAAAGAGUGAGCAUACCUUAGAUUUGUUAACCAUUUCUAAGUGUCUCUACUCUACCUCCAACUAGUAGGUCGUUCGAAUUUGACUUAAAACUUGUGCUACCAGGACACUGGUCUUGCUGCGAGGUGUAGAAUAAUUCUACAAAACAGGGCGUGACUGUUUCUUUCUCACCCGGAGCCCUAAUCCUACAGUUAACUCGACUUCUCUAAUACUGGGUAUCCAUCAAUGCAACUCUGAAUCUUCACAAGAUAUACCAGUCUGUCUCCAUGAGCGCAACUUCUGCCUGACUUCUGAGAGCGGGGGGUGGGAUACCGAGCGCAGCCGCAUCACUUGGUUGUGAGUCGUGGUGUUCCUUGUCGAAUAAAUUGUGGUUUCAUGUUGAUGAAUGACGUUUGUAUGCAGGACAUGCUCAGAGAGCAGCAAGGAAGAGAAGUUGGUGCCUUCGAACAUGACCCGGUUGAUUUUGGUCUCGUUACCCCUUUGUGGCACAGUAGCUGCAACAUGGGCAUCCCUCCAACAACGGAUUUCCGAGGUGUCAUUUGAUACACCAACUUAUAGGUUUCAGAUUCCUAACUUGCGAGUUGGAACGUUGAACUCCUUAUUGACGCUCGGCGACGAGCUUGCGAAGUUUGGUAGCUUCGUCGAGUCCGUUGCUAUGAAAGUGAGAAGACAGAUUGAAGACUUGGAAAAGACGACGAGCUCUGUGUCGACCUCCCUUUCAGUACAUGGAGUUCCAGUUGAAAUCUUCGUUACUCGAUUCGGCUGGAAUUUGGCAAAGUACCCCACGGAGACUCCACUGAAGGACACAACUGCUAUUAUUCAAGGGGCUGUGUCUAAGCUUGACGAAGAUCUCAAGGUCAGAGCGAGUGAGUAUUCAGCUGUCAAGUCACAACUGGGAACCACUCUACGCAAGCAGAUGGGCAGCCUUUCUGGGCGGGAUCUCACAACAUUGGUGAGGGACGAAGAUAUUAUCAACACUGAGCACAUGACAACUCUUGCAGUAGUUGUCCCAAAGGCUGCACAACAAGAAUGGAUGCUUAAUUACGAAAAGCUCUGUGACUAUGUGGUCCCAAGGUCUGCAAAGAACUUACAUGAAGACACUGAUUAUUUAAUCUACACCGUCAUAGUUUUUCGUCAUGUUGUGGAAAGUUUCACGAACGCUGCUGGUCUAAAAAACUUCCAGGUCCGGACAUUAACCCGUGACCCUAAUGGAGGGCACUUUGCCUACCGGGCGGAGUUGGAGCACUGGCAGGAGGAACAUGGAAAGAAACGACAUGCCUUACUUCACUGGUGUUACGCAACCUUCGGAGAGGUGUUCAGUGCAUGGGUGCAUCUGUGUGCAAUUCGCAUCUUCGUUGAAAGCGUACUUCGUUACGGUCUUCCACCAGCUUUCCUAGCAGUUGUAUUGGCACCAAGGCAAAAAAAUGAAAGCAAGGUUUGCCGCAUGCUGGAACAUUUUUCAGGCGGGACUAUGAGUGGGAGUGGAAAAUUUUGGGCAACAGAAGAAGAUCCGUCUGUAGCAAGUCUUGCGGGAGAUGGUAUUGAGAGUCAUCCUUACGUCUCUCUUACGCUCAAUAUAUCUUCGGAGAAGCUGGCAUGAAAAUACUCCUAUCUACAACAGACGACAGCGUAUCAUUUUCACGCGUCGCUAAAGCUACUUUUGCAGCAUACUUGUCCAGGCGACGUCAGAUGCAUAUACAUUUUAAACUCGUUGACAGAACACACCUCCUUCAGCACUUAAUGAUGGAACAAGUGAAAAUUAUGAGCGGUUUAAGUAUCUGAAUAGUAUUCUUGUAGCUGAUCAGGGUUCAAUAGAUAAAAAACAUAGAGAUGUAUCACCUGGAAUUUAAGCAGUCUAUUUUCAGAA